ACUAGGCUCAGCAGUCUUCUCAGGAACAGUCAAAAGGGAACCACAUUUUUCAUAAAAAAUGGAUAACAGAGAUUUCUUGUUUGUGCACCUUCUUUUAGUUCUCACAAUGGGCUCUGUUUCAAAGGCUGCUACAGACAUUUGUGGGAUUUCCGUGUUCUCCGGCCGGAUAGUUGGGGGUACAGUGGCUUCAGAAGGAAGUUGGCCCUGGCAGAUUAGUCUAAGAUAUAAGGGCAGCCAUAUCUGCGGGGGGUCCCUGAUCUCGAAUCAGUUGGUGAUGACGGCUGCGCACUGCUUUGAAUUGUCAAAUACUGCUUCAUCGUACACUGUUGUCCUUGGUGCCUACCAGCUGUCCAUAACCAAUUCUCACCAAGUGACGUCCAACGUGAAUAGUUUUGUAAUCAACAGUCUGCACGAUGGCACCGGGUCUAGUGGUGACAUUGCUCUCAUCAAACUCUCAAGCAACAUCACUUACACUGCAUACAUUCGACCUGUGUGCCUGCCCCCCACGUCCAUCAGUUUCACAAACGGCAUGAAUUGCUGGGUUACUGGAUGGGGGGCUACCAGCUACGGAGUUUACUUAUCGAGCCCUAAGACUCUUCAGCAAGUGAUGGUUCCACUAAUUACCAGAGACUCAUGUAAUGCCAUGUACAACAUAAACAGUGGAUUUACAGGCAAUAUGACCAUAAUUCAGAGCGACCAGAUCUGCGCCGGGUACCAGGCUGGAGGGAAGGACUCCUGCCAGGGUGACUCUGGGGGUCCGCUGGUCUGCCAGGUUGACAGUGUCUGGUAUCAGGUUGGCAUUGUGAGUUAUGGAAAUGGGUGUGCCCUCCCAAACAGACCUGGAGUUUAUACCCUCGUAUCAGCUUAUGAAAACUGGAUCAAAUCAACUACGACCUCAUCUUCCAUGUCUCUUCCGACUAUAUCAGUUCUGCUCCUUGUUGGUGCUCUCACGUUUCUGCUAGGACUUUACUCUGGACAGCUCAGACUGCCUACAAAUCAAACAAGGAGGUCGAAAUCUAGAAAUCUGACACUUUCAAACAUUUGGACGCCACUAGCUAAGCAGUCUUCUCAGGACCAGUCACAAGGGAACCUCAUUUUGCAUGAAAAAAUGGAUAACAGAGAUUUCAUGUUCCUAUUUCUGUUUUUAGGAUGUGUUUCAAAGGCUGCUACAGACGUUUGUGGUAUUUCCGAGUUCUCCAGCCGGAUAGUUGGGGGUACAGAUGCUUCAGAAGGAAGUUGGCCCUGGCAGAUUAGUCUAAGAUAUCACGGCAGCCAUAUCUGCGGGGGGUCCCUGAUCUCGAAUCAGUGGGUGAUGACGGCUGCGCACUGCUUUGAAUUGUCAAACACUACUUCAUCGUACACGGUUGUCCUUGGUGCCUACCAGCUGUCCAUAACCAAUUCCCACCAAGUGACGUCCAACGUUAAUAGCUUUAUGAUCAACAGUCUGUACGAUGGCACCGGGUCUAGCGGUGACAUCGCUCUCAUCGAACUCUCAAGCAACAUCACUUACACUGAAUACAUUUUACCUGUGUGUCUGCCCCCCGCGUCCAUAAGUUUCAUAAAUGGCAUGAAUUGCUGGGUUACUGGAUGGGGGACUACCAGCUACGGAGGUGAUGUAGCUCAGACUCUUCAGCAAGUGAUGGUUCCACUAAUUACCAGAGACUCAUGUAAUGCCAUGUACAACAUUGACAGUGGAUUUACGUACAAUGUUAUCAUAAUUCAGAGCGACCAGAUCUGCGCCGGGUACCAGGCUGGAGGGAAGGACUCCUGCCAGGGUGACUCUGGGGGUCCGCUGGUCUGCCAGGUGGACAAUGUCUGGUAUCAGGUUGGCAUUGUGAGUUACGGAGAUGAGUGUGCCCUCCCAAACAGACCUGGAGUUUAUACCCUUGUAUCUGUUUAUGAAAACUGGAUCAAUUCAACUAUGAUCUCAUCCCCCUCGUCUCUUCAACGUGCAUCAAAUUCCGUGUCUCUUCCACGUGUAUCGGUUCUGCUCCUUGUUGGUGCUCUCACGUUUCUGCUGCAUUGAGUUGAAGCACUGUAACUUGAAGGACCCUGACAUGCCCCCCCAUACCACCCUCAGUAUCGCUGCUUCCCAGAACGACAUAACCCAUGGCCUAAACAAGGAUUUGCUUUACUGCAAUUUGAUUCCUCUGUGUG